AUUUGGAUGCCAUCAGUGACCCAGUCGAAAGAUCGGCUACAACUGGAAUUAUUCAUAAUUUUGGACAGACGCCUCGUCAACUGUUCACGAAACAUCACCCGGCAAGGUCUUCCGAUACAAAUGAUUCGAAUAAUUACAAAUUUAACGAAAGUGUGGAAAUGCUAGUACAAUCAAUAUCCCCUUUGCUUGAUAUUCGAUUUCAAGUUCAUGAUAUACGUAUGUCGAAUGAUCGGUUGCUUGCUGUUAGCACACAAAAAAUUUUAAUUCCGCCAAAUUAUAAUUAUUAUGUUGAGUGGGGCUACUCUGAUAACAGUCUGCGACUUCAUCAAACAGAUACUAAAAAGUUGGUAGGCCUAUAUGAAAACCUUCAUUUGCAAACAGUAAGUUGUGCUUGCUUUGCAGACGGAAGAACGUUUAUUACUGGAGGAACUGAUGCGGUUAUUUGUAUUUGGAGAUUUAAAUGGCAAACUAAAUCGCCAGAAUGUGGUUUUAUGGAAUGCUUACGAGGACAUUCCGCAAAGAUCAAUUGUGUUACUAAUUCUAGAUCUUAUAGUAUUAUCAUAAGUGGGUCAGAUGAUAAGACUUGCAUAAUAUGGGAUUUGAAUAGAAUGAAAUAUGUGAGACAGUUGCAGGGUCACGAAACCGGUGUUCAG